AUGGAUGUCGUUGGACGCAGAGGCAGUAUUUCUCUCUUGCAUUUUCCAGAACCCAUUUUGGAAUGCAUUCUAAAGCUUCUUUCACCACAAGAACUGGUUGGAAUGUCUGAAGUGUGUACUUGUUUAAGGGAUAGAUGUCGAAGUGAUUCUUUGUGGGAAAUCCACAUAAAGCAGAAAUGGGGUGGAGUCAUCGGUGAUGUUGCUUUCAAGGAGUGGCAAUGGCAUAUGACAGCAGCUAAGGAGAAACAACUUAACCAUUUGGAUAAAGAAAUGAAUCAGAAGGGAUCAUUGGGAUCUUUCAAUGGAACUUGGCCUAUGUUAUACCUCAGAUCAUAUCUAGAAGAUUCUACCCAUCUUAAUACCUCAUUGUCAAAUAGCUUUAUGAUGGCCUUGUAUUUCUCUCUAGAGAAUGCCAAGUUCUGGUUCCCAGCUCAAGUCUUUAGGGGAGUCUUUGUUCGUGAUGCCCUAGUUAGAUAUGAUUCCAAAACUGAUAACUUUCAAGCAAGACUACAAAGUGGUGGUUGGCACAUAAUGGCCAACAACAUCCAAUGGGAUAACCUGAGAGCUCCUCCAGUUGAUACGCUUCCAUGUGUUAGAUACGUCUCUGAUUGUUUGCCAGAGUUGAAACCAGGUGAUCAUAUUGAGAUCCAACGGAGAUACAGAAGAGAAACUCCUUAUGAUUGGUGCUAUGCUGUUAUUGGUCACUUGGAAUCCUGUAAUGGACAUGAGAACUUCUGCAGCUGUCGCCACUCUGAUACAUUGAUGUUGGAGUUCAAGCAAUACUCUGAGGGAUCAAAUAUGAGACGAGUAAAGCUACAGAGAAAUGGGGAAGAACCAAGUGGAUGCUAUGGAGGAAUUAGAAAGCUUCACAGUGAGGAGGAGAUCCAAAGAUGGGAGAAACAUUUUCCACUUCGUCAAACUCCUGUAUCUAUACCUUUGCACACUGCCUUUUAUAACGUCUUAAAUUAA